CCCCAGAAAUUGAUAUUUUUUAUCUACGCAAUUUUCAAAUUCCAUUUCCAGCUCCAUAAAACUGGAAAUUAGUAAUCGGUAAUUAAUUAACUUCAAUCGUUCACUUAUCGACGUUUCGAUAUCGUAAAAUCGAAUAUUCGAUAUAAAAUAUCGACCGUGGUCGUCAUCAGGGCCAUCGAUUUCAUUCGCCUUGUUAUUAUUUUAUUUUCGCAUUUCGCGACAGCUGAGACGAAGGAAAAAUUCCAGUCUACCUUCAACUAAUACAAGUAAUGAGUAAAUUAAGUCAUUAACUGCUUUGUUUCUUCGUAUUCGUUGAAAAUUUCUACACGUUUCGAAUGUAGUAGGAUCGCAAAAUUUCGUAAAAUCGACUUAUGUGGCUGUAUAUUGGUCAUCGGUGGCAGUGAAAUUUUAUAUGAAGUGAUCAAAAAGCUCGACGAUCGACGUUGGGGAUAACACUCGUAUCCAAAUGGAUUCCAAAUUAUCAACGGAUAACUAUUCGGAUUACUUCCUGGAUGUGAAUCAAACGAUAUCGGUGAAAGAUGGAGAAUUCAGCUGUUACUUGUGUAAUGCGACGUACGAAAAAGAUCUGCAGUUGGCCGCCGAGCUCGGAAAAACAUUACUGGAACGUAACAAAGAGUUGGAAUCGGCGCUGAAACAGCAUCAGAAUAUUAUCGAAGAUCAGUCUCAAGAAAUCGAAUACUUGACCAAACAAACUGCAGCUCUCAAGGAAGUGAACAGUUCUAGAUUCAGGAUCUACGAACAGCUAGAGAUCAGUAUUCAAGAUUUGGAACACGAUAAUGUUACCCUUUCGCAGCAAAGUGCUGCCGAUAAGAAGCAGAUCAAGAGUUUAUUGGAAACAAUACAAUCGUUAGAGAAUAAAUGCGACGAACUGCAGCAGCAGCUAGACAAAAAGACAUUAGAAUUGGAAAACGAGAAACGACAACGUAAUACCGCUAACCAUGCAAAUGAACCGACCGCAGCCGCCACCGACGACAAUAAAGAUGCGAUAUACGAUAACUUCCAUAACCAGCCCACCGACGUGUGUACAAAUUGCUCAGAAAUACUUACUCGACUUCAAGAAGCGAAAGCAUCUAAUGUCAAAGAACAAAGAACCAUCGAUGAUUUGAAAGAUCAGUUAUCCGUUGUUUUACAGGAUAACGAUUAUUUGAGGAAUCAAGUCGAUGAUAUGCGAAGUAAAGAAGAUGAAAUGAAAAGCGUCCAAGAUGAAUUGGCAACGUUGGAACAGAUCCGACUGGGAAAUUUGUGUAAAAGAUGUCUAAGAAGCGCCGUAGCUACCGAAGAUUUCAGCAGCGCUGACGAGCUGUCUUCUGUAUUGAUGACCAACGACGACGAUGAGGACGAAAUACUCGCCAACAUCAGAUCUGCUGUUGCUGAUUUCAGCCUUGACAAAUCGGAUAAUGGCGAAAACCCGUACAGACAGCUGGUGGAAAAAUACGAAGCGUUGUGUAAAAUGCAAGAGCAACAAAAUCACCAAAGACCGCGAUCCAAAGUACCAUCUAAGCCCGGCUCCGGUUCGACUAUCCCUACUGCCGGAAUAUCGUUACAAGACGAACUGCGAGCUAUCGGAGGCUACUACGACGGUGGCAUCAGCAGACCGGCUUUACGAGCCAUCGAAACGGACAGCGAAUGCGAAGAAGAGCCCAUCAUCAAGCCGAAAACCACCACCCCAGCACCGCCGACGUCGAUCAGCAGCGGCAGCAUCAGUCCGAAAACCACCUCUGACGGAGACCUGCUGACAAAAUCAACGCAGACCGAAGUGCUGGUCGGAUCGUUGCCCGGAUCAUUCUUGUGCCGUAUCUCGGACGGUAACGAUUGCCAGUUCAGUAUCUACGACGAUGCUAGUCCGAUCGAGAGUCGAUUCCGCAAAACGCCCGAAUACAGGCAUCUUUUCCGAGAAAUAUUCGCCGUACUUAAACGGGCUGCUGAGGCUAAAGACGAAGGCGAAACGUUACCUUUGCUAGAUGAUCGAUUACCAGCCUCGGCCGCUGCCGCAGCUUUGGCCCACCAAGUAGCAGAUAAUCAUCCUAAAGUACCUCCUGUCACACCGGCUCGAGAAGACGUACCUUUUAUUCCACCGUUAUCGUCGUCGUCGCCAUUGCUACCGCCUGCUCCGGUACAAGAACAAGACGAACAACAGAUCAUCAACGAUUUGAAAACCGAGCCGAAAUCCGCUGCCCCAAAGGAAGCGGAACAAGAUAAGAACGCGAUGGCAGCGACGACCACAACAGCGACCUCUGAUGAGAAAUGCGACCCUGCCGAAGACCCCAACAACGCUGCUGUACCAGCUCCUCGAGACAUCAUGGAGCAGCUGGCAGCCGGAGUUAAGCUGCGAGACUCGAAACGAGACCGUAGAGUGAACGCUGUCCAUCAUCACGCCUCGCCGUCGCCGUCUCCGUGUAGCUCUAGAUCGGCUAGUAAACGCAGAGCCGGAAGUAAAGCUCGCAGGAAGAGGGAACGUUUGACCGAUAGCCCCAGCAGGUCCAGAGAACGACAUCAACAGAAAUCCAACCGGCCGGUAGAUAGCGAGUUGCUGAAUAUGCCCGACGUUGUCGUUCAAAGACCUCAUCACAAAGAACGACCCGUAUCCAUGUUCGGUUUCUGCGGCGGAAGCUCCUCAGCUUCCAAGGAAGUAGCCAAAUUGAAAAUACUCGAGAAAUCGUACGCCGAAGUCCUUCGUAUGGGUAUGACGCGUAAAAAGAGCACAUCUGUGUCGAAAAUACAUCAAGUUUAAUCGCUUCUUCUUCCCCUCUCACUUCCACUUUCACCUUCUCCCUUAUGUAUUUUCUCUUCCCCCCUUUCUAUCGUACCCAGUUGGCCUAAUUCAAUUGUGCUCUUCGAUCAACCUUCCCCCUUCCCCUUCCCCUUCCACGUCUCCCUUAUAACGUUAUUUCUCGAAGAAUUUUAUAUAAUUUAUUGUUUUCAAACAAGCAGGUAGCUUAAUUUUGUUAUUUAAUGUUUUCGUUGAGCAGCUGAAAAAAUUAUCGCUUUUUUUUCGCUUCGACUAUUUGCGAUUUUCGCAAUACCUACGUUAAUUUCUCAGCUCCGAUUCUUUUUCGCUUAUUUUAGCUCGACAAUGUACUGAAUCGAAUGCUUAAGGUUUAUUUUAAUAAUUUUAUUUAUUUAUUCAUUUUUGUUAUUUUCGAAACUGGAAAUGAUGAAACCAAGCUCGAGUCUUUGAAAAGAGAAAAAAAAAGUUAAAACGAAGCAUUUUAGAUUGUUAAUUUUUUUAAACGACUGGCUUUUUUUUUAUUUUGUUCUCAUAAAAGCAUUGCCAUUUUUAAUUUCGUUUUAUUUUUUUAGUACUUAUUUAAUUAUUUUUUUUUCUAUUAUUUGGGUUAUCGAGUAACUUAGAUAAUAAGAUUUGAAUGUUUUUCUUUCAAACAUUGUAUUCUAAAUACGUCAGCGUCUAGUCAUUUUUUUUAUUAUUAUUUUCUAAGGAAUCGUAAGUUUUCCUAUUGUUUGUUUAUGCUGCAAAAUCAAAACAUAAAGUCGACGUGAAAAAUAUUGUAAUUUGUAGGUUGUGUGUGUUUGUGUGUGUGUGUGGGUAACGAUAAUAUUUAUAUACUUACCCAUGUCGAUGUCGGUUCGUAUCGAUGAUUGGUCAGAUUUUUCAUCAUCAUCGUAGUCGUAAAACUAGCAGCGAAAUAAUUUUCAACGAUCGAAUCGUCAUGAGGAGUUCGAUAAUAAUUUAAUUUUAUCAUACUUAUAUUAUUUGAAGAUAAUAACCAAAUUUUUAAGUUGUACGUAUUUUGUUUUUUUUUCGACUUAAUUCAACGUUGGUCUUUCAUUACCUAUUUAAAUUGAUCGAAAAUGCAAAAAAAAAAACGUUACGUUAAGUAACGUUGUAAUUUAUUACCGAUGUAAAUUUUUCUCUUUUUUUUAUUUCGAAGAAAUAUAAUUAUUGUGAAUUGUUUGAUUACUUAGUUAAAGAUUUACCUACAUUCACGUUUGUAAUUGUGCCAUGUUUUUAGUUUAUUACGAUUACCUAUACAUAAAGAUAGAAUAAUAUCAUUCCGAGAUGCAUUCCUAGCUCGCGACGCAGACUAAAUUCUCAAUAUUUAUUCGAAGUUUAUUUUAAAAGGUUUUUUUUUUCUUGAGUAUUUUUCAUUCAACGCUUGUAGCGUUAUAAAUUGCUUAUUUUAGUUAUGUUUUUUUUUUUUUUGUUUCUAAUACAUUCCAUUGGGUUUUUGGUUAUUAACUUUUUGCCGGAGAUUUGACGAGAAAAAUAGAAUAAGUAACGGUGUAAUAUUUAUUUUUUGUUUCUUUGUAAUAUUGGAUCAUUGGUGUUACUGUUAUCGAUGUGUAAUAGGAAUAAAUAAUGCUGACUCGA